AUGCAUAACCUAGCCAAAAGAAACACAGAGACACAAUCCUCCAUACUUCGAAGAUAUGCACUUUUUGCAUCCAUCGCCAUAGCUUUAUUCAUAACUGGAAAGAAACAUAUUGCAUACAAGAAGGAACUUCGUCAUCAAAAAGAAAACGACUCCGAUGUCAAUAAUGCCGACAAUGAAUUCAACAUCAGUGUCAAGAGACCAGGGUUCCCUGAAAAUAACCCCAAUUUGAACUAUGAAGAUGAAAAAAGACAGAGUAAGUAUAUUGGAAGUGGAUUUGCUUAUAGUACUAGAAGACCCGGUGAUCGAUUGAGUUUGUAUAAUAUCUUGAAGCAGAAAUAUUGGCCGGAUGAUAAGGAAAAGGAGGCCCAAUAUUAUUCGCCUGCUCCGGAAGAUAAAGUGAUCAAGUGA